CAGGUUCUCCUACCAAGACAAUGGGGAUCCGACGAUAUUCUCUAUAGCCAUCGCGCCCCUGUGGUAGCCAAAGACUUUUUCACUUUGCGUGCACAGUUGAUUUCCAUUCCGUUUUCGUCCUUUAUACCUUAAUCUUUAAUUUAAUAAUCUUGCACGCACCAUCGCCAUGCGUUCUGUAUUGUGCCGGUCGCUAUCGGCUCUGGCCCCAGCCCGGUCUUGGGCACCAUCCGCCAUGAUCCAGCCUAUGUCGCAGCGGCUGCACUCCACAGGGUCAGGUUCUCAUGGCUCACACCACAUCCAAACCCGGAUACCGUCGUUGAAAGGCGAGCCCAAGCAGGGCCACCGAUUCCGCGAGUUUGACCUUGACGAUCGUGUCUUCGCCAUCACUGGUGGUGGACGAGGACUCGGAUUGGCGAUGGCUGAAGCUUUGAUGGAGGCUGGUGCGAAAGUCUACUGCUUGGAUCGACUUGAGUCUCCCCACCCCGACUUCCUCGCCGCUCAAGAGCAUGCCGAGAAGAACUAUGGUGGCAGCCUGGAGUACCACCGUAUCGAUGUCCGGGAUGAGUCUGAAGUGAACGACCUCUUUGCGGAAAUCGCAGGCAAGAACCGGCGACUGGAUGGCUUGAUUGCCGCCGCAGGUAUCAACCACCUGCAGAGCGCUCUGGAACACUCGCAGGUGGCUCUUAACGAAGUCAUGCAAAUCAACUUUAAUGGAGUCUUCAACUCGGCCACUGCUGCUGCGCGGCAGAUGUUCAACUACCAACAGAAGGGCUCCAUCCUUCUCAUUGCUAGCAUGAGCGGUCUGAUUGCCAACAAGGGAAUGACCUCUCCCGUUUACAACGCCUCCAAGGCGGCUGUAAUCCAGCUGUCCCGAUCCCUCGCUAUGGAAUGGGGCCGUCACGGCAUCCGCGUGAACAGCCUGUGCCCCGGCCAUAUCAUCACCCCAAUGGUGGAACAGGUGUUCCAGCAGAACCCUGCAUCCCGAGCCGUCUGGGAAGCCGAGAACAUGCUCGGACGACUUGCCUACCCGGAGGAAUUCCGAGGUGCUGCUCUCUUCGCUCUGAGUGACGCGAGCAGCUUCAUGACCGGCAGCACUAUGCUCAUCGACGGUGGCCACACCGCAUGGUAAGAUGCAGCUGCCUCGUCAAAGAUCACGAAGAGAAAAAUCUACUACUACCGGAGUUGGCAAUAAAUAAACAACACGUUGGGAAAU